AUGUUCAAUCAGCACCUAAAUCUUGCAUUAUUUGAUAUAAAAUUAAAAUCACAUCAUAAAAACUUAUUAUUAAUAAAAGGUAAUGAAUUUGAAGUAGAACAUGUAUUACUAGAAGGAAGUGUAAAAAUAUCAACAAAAGAAGAUAUUCACGUUAAGAAAAUAAAAUUAAGUUUAGUUGGAGAAUUUUAUUAUGAAUAUAUGCUGAAGGAAACUCAUGAACAAUUCUUGGAUAGAUUAUGUGUUUUGAAAAUUGAUUGGGAUAAUUUAUUAUGUGAUAAUGAAGGUAAAGUAAUAUUUGGGAAUUACGGAGAUGGUACUAUACCUAUGUGUAAAUUGAAAAAAGGGUCAAGUUCGGGAGUUACUGAUUCUUCUGCAAAUACUUCUGGGACCUCAACUCCGAGACCAAAAUACCACAGAACCAGUUCAACUCCUCAAUUUAAUAUAAAUGGUACUACGAAGACUCCUUCAAAAAUUAUUCAAAUUCCAAAAUCAGGUAUUGAUGGGACUCCUUUCAAAGAUUUACAAGAUUCUCAUAUGCAUUCAUUUUUAUUACCAAAAGGAAAUUAUAGUUUACCAUUCAAAGUAUAUUUACCAGCUAGCGUUUCAGAAACUGUUGAAGGUUUACCAAUCGGUACUUUAUUAUAUAGAUUACAAUGUUCAAUAGAAAGAGGAAGAUUUGAAAGAUCACAUCAAUUAAGUAAACAUAUUAGAAUUGUUAGAACUUUACAUCCACAAAAUAUGAAUUUAUGUGAUUCAAUAGAUGUGAACAAUACCUGGGUUGGUAAAUUACAAUAUUGUGUAAGUAUGCCAAAAAAGGGAGUUGCAAUUGGAUCAAAUGUACCAAUUCAUAUAACAAUAGUACCUAUAGCGAAAGGUUUAAGCCUAAGAGCUAUAAAUGCAUGUAUAGUAGAACAUUAUCAUAUACAAGUUGAAAAUCAAAGAUCACCAGAAUUUGAAAGAUUAUGUGGUAAACAACAAUUAAAUAUUCCAGCAAAUUCAGAUAUAGAAUAUGAUAGAUGGGUUAUUAAGACUCAUUUUAAAGUACCUGAUCAAUUAAAACAAAUAACUCAAAGUUGUGAAACUAAAAAUAGUAUGAUUGUUGUAAAACAUAGAUUAAGAGUUGCCAUACAAUUAAAGAAUAAAGAAGGUCAUACUAGUGAAUUGAGAGCAAAUUUACCAAUUUAUGUUUAUAUAAGUGCUAAUAUUGGUCACGUAAUAGGUAGACAUUAUGAUGUUGAUAAUCAUCAUGGUACUUUCCAAUUAGAUUAUAAAAAGGAAGAUUUAUUAUUUCACAAAAAGGAAUCUGCUCCAACAACUCCAGCAGUAUCAGAUGAUGAACAUGAAGAAGAUGAAGAAGAAGAGGAAGAAGAGGAGGAGGAAGAAAAUGCAGACAGAGAAGAUAGUGCACCACCAUUAUAUGAACAAUCUAAAUUUGAUAAAAUUUUUGAUAUGAAUUUACCACAAACUCCAAUGGAACAAUUAAGAUCACAAUCAGGUACACCAUUAGCAUCAGCAAACACUUCAGUUACUAAUUUAAGUGAAUAUUUUGAUAUACCAAUCGCAAAAGCAAUAGAAAUGAAUAAUAAAAAAUUGAAAAAGAGGAAUAAAAGUGUUGAUUUUUCCCAUAUACCUUCUUAUAAUGAAGCAAUGGAUGAUGAUGACGAUGAUGAUAGUUAUAUACAAGAUGGAUUUGCACCAACCUAUACUGAUGGUAGUGGUAGUGAAAGUACAAGUCUUAAAUCAGGUUCAACUACACCUAUAAGAAUAAUGAGCAAUCAAAAAUUAAAUAAUAGUACAGGUCAUUUUAAACUUUCUUUAAAACAUGGAUCCAAUCCAAAUUCAAGAUCAAAUUCAUUUGUUAAAUUAGAUAAAAUGACUCCAGAAUCCCCAAAAUUAAGUAGUAGAUUUUUUAAAAAGAAAGAUAAAUAG